AUGGACAUGGACGACGACGACGCCUUCCUCUACGGUGACCCGGCAGCACCAAGCACAGAUGCCGCCCCCUCGGCAGCUGCUGGUAGCACUUCCGUCUCGAAUGGAGUGAGCGCGUCCAUGGCCGCUUCCCUUGCGGCAUAUGGUAUUGAUCCAUCGUCUGCUGUGGCCGAGGAAGCCCAAGAGGACGAGGACGGCGGUGUCGAGGAGGAAGAUGGCGACGACAGCGAGAGCGACUCGGACGACGAUGACAUCAAGCUCGUCUUCACCGGUGGUCCCCAGCGUACCCUUGACUUGAGGCGGCCGCAACAGCAGACGUCCAACGUCAUUGGCAUUGGCAAAUGGGCCCACACUGCGAUCGGCACGGCACCGCCAGCUGCCGACCCUACUCCUAACAAACCUCCUACUCCCUCGAAGCGUGAGCCAACAUACGCUUCUCGAGCUGACCUAGCAGCGGCCCCAGCACCUGACGCGUUGACCGACUACGCUCCGGUUGCCCGCCCCGGUACCGCACCGCAGGCUGCUCAGCCUUUGGCUUCGACCGAGUCUGUCGCCCAGCUCGUUCCGGGCAACGGACCCCCGCCUACCACCGCCCUUCCGCACUCGACGCUGCCCGUCCAGACUGUGGGAUCACAAAGGAUCGACCCCACACACCCUACCGGCAUCAUCCCCUCGACCGGCACGUCGGUGUACGACGUUGAUGUCGCUCAGUUUGAGGGCUCGGGUCAGAUGUGGCGUAGGCCUGGCAGUGACCUUUCCGACUGGUUCAACUAUGGUUUCGACGAGGUCACAUACCCCAAGUACCUGCGGUACCGCCAGGAAAUGGAGCAGGGCCGUCUGGCUCUUGCCAACAUGCAGGGCAUGCAGCCGCUCACCCCCGAUGUCGCUGCCAACCUGCACUUCCCCAACGUCAACCCGCAGAUGCAGCAGAUGCAGCAAAUGCAACAGAUGCAGCAAAUGCAACAAAUGCAACAGCAAAUGAUGAUGAGCGGCAUGGACCCAGCCAUGUUCAUGCAACAGCAGGCCAUGCAGGGCGGCAUGGGCAUGAUGCCGGGCAUGCAGCAGCAGCAACAGCUCCAGCAGCAACAGCAGCAGCAACAACAACAGCCCCAGCAACAACAGCAGCAAGCCCAGGCCCAGCAACAAGCACCCGAGGACGAAGCAUCUGCCUCGACCGAAUCGACGGAGCAGCCUGGCAACCAGAUCCAGAAUGCAUAUGCCGCUCGCAACCAGGUGAUGCCUCGCGGUGGCAUGCCGGUGCGUGGAAUGCCACUCCGCGGCCGCGGCGGUGUUCCGCUGGGCCCCCGCGCUGGCGUCAUGCCUGGCAACGUGCCCAAGGGCCCCAAGGCCGGUCGGUUCAAGGACAAGGACCGCGUCAACGACUCGACUGCUGCUGCCGCUGCCACAGCCCUCGACUAUGGCGACAUGGGCGGCGGCGGCGGUGGUGGCCACGGCGGACGCGACUCUGAGCCCCCUGCAUCUCGCGAGCGCUCCCGCGAACGCAGUCCCAGCCCGUACCGCUACCGCGAGCGCGACCGCUACGGCGACAGGGACGACCGGUACGGGGAGCGCGAGGAGCGUGAUCGAUACGGCGACCGCGAGACGCGCAGUUCCCGUCGUGGCGACACGCGUGAGACGCGCGACAGCGCACGCGAGAGUCGCGAGUACGACGACCGCAGCGAGGGCGAGUAUGACGAGCCAGACCACCGCGAGCGCGAGAGCAGGCGGUCGUCCCGCAGGCGACACGACGAAGCUGGGAGCGGGGCCGGAACGCCGUCUGGCUUGGGUCCAGAUGGAUGGGAGUCGGGUGAGGAGGAUGAGCGCCGGCGCAGGAAGAGGAGCCGUAGCGCCGAGGAGCCUGAGCAGCGCCGCAGCACGCGCUCCAAGAGGAGGUAG